UCCUGUCCCGGUUGGCCAGCCCGCCCGCCGUCCCGGAUGCUGCCACAGUCGGGGCUUCCGGCUCGAGCCGGAAGCGCGCGCGCCCCGCCCCGAAAGACCCUCCCCGUCGUGACGUCAGAGGCCUCAGCCCGCGGCGCCGCCUUCCCGGCGCGCCCCAAACCGCGCCAACCUGGACGCGGGCAGAGGCUGCGGCGGCGCGGGAGGCGGUGCCACCCUUCAGGUGGGCCUGGUCCCUGGUGUCUCGCUCCGCCCCUGAUCGCCCCGUCCCUCCUUCGUGCCUCUGCCCGGCCCCCGGGAGCCCUGUCGAGUGUCCAUCGAGUGCAGAAGACGCCGUCCUCCCGCUCCUCGGCCUGGGCGCCGGCGACGGACUCAGACACCGACAACCAGAUAACCGGCGAGGGGAAGCGGGCCCCGCCGGCGGCUGUGGGCGCCCGAGGCGAGGAGCGGGUAAGGUGGCUGCUGGCCGCGGUGGGGCCGGCGGGAUGCGCUGGGCUUCUCAGGGGCGGGCGUGCACACCUGCGGCUAACCCGACCGCGCCGUCCUCGCGGGCCGCCGGGCCCCCGACGCUGGCCGGACUUAGCCGUAGUACCGCGGAGGAACACCGUGAAUUGCGGGGGCAGCAGUGCCCCGAAAUUUCAGUCUCUCGGUUGGGGCGUCGCGACGCCGAGGCUCUUGGAGGACUGGUGCAGGGGGAUGGAUGUGAACCCUCGGAAAACGCUGCUCAUCGCCGGCAUCCUCCAGACCUGCAGUGUGGCAGAGAUGGAGGAGGCCCUGCGGGCUGGCCUAGCUCUCUUGGGCGAGUACAGACUGCUCGGGAGGAUGUUCAGGAGGGACGAGAACAGGAAUGUAGCCUUAACAGGGCUUCCUCAGGAGACUGGUCCUGCUCUGGUCCCUAAGGACACACCUGGAAAAGGGGGUGUCUGGAGAGUGAUCUUUAAUCCCCGUGACCCAGAUGACGCAUUUUUAAGCAGAUUAAAUGAAUUCUUAGAGGGAGAGGGCAUGACUUUGUGUGAGUUUGCCAGAGCUCUUGGGUAUGGAAACGGCCCUUUUGACCUAGACCAGGACAUGAUCCCAGAAGUACGGGCCCCUAUGUUGGCACAGGCAUUACCUGAGGCUCUUCAGCCUGCCCUGCAAUACCUGGAAUACAAAAAGAUGAGAAUAUUCUCGGUCAGCGAUCCUCCAGAACCAGACCAAGAAGAAUUUGAACCCUGGCUGUUUCAUACCACGCAAAUGAUAAAAUCAUGGCGGGUUUCAGAUGCAGAGAAAAGAAGGUGAUUGCCAGAAAGCCCUAGAAGCCCAGCAUUUGAUGUCAUUCGUGUCCUCAAUAUAAACAGUCCUUUAAUUACAGUCCCUGAAUGCCUGCGAGCUCUUGAGCAGGUAUUUGGGGAUCAUAAUCCCAGGGAGUUGCAGGUCAAAUAUCUGACCACUUACCAGAAGGAGGAAGAAAAAUUGUCUGCUUAUGUACUAAGCCUGGAGCCUGUGUUACAGAAACUGGUAGAGAGGUGAGCAAUUGGGAGAGAAGUUGUGAACCAGGCCCGCCUGGACCAAGUCAUUGCUGGAGCAGGCCACAGAACACUGCACAGGAAGCUCGCUCUGCGCGGGGGCCCUGGCUUCCUGCAGCUGCUGACGCUGAUAAAGAAAGAAGACGCCGCUGAGGAGGAGGAGGAGGCCCUUCUCCAGGCAGGACUGGAGGGGCAUUUCGUCUGAAUCUUAGGAAACCAGGAGGGGACAUCUGACAGCGAGCGGAGCACGGACGUUGAACAGUCCUCAUACUCCAGUGAUAGACAUUAACCUGUCCCUACCUUGUGCUGCCAAGUAACUCAUUUUUGUCCAGUUCUCAGUAUAAAUCCUUUGUCAUUUCUGUGCCUAUUUUAUAUCUCUUAAUGUGUCAUUGACUAGGAAGGCUGUAGUUCUGCACUGGUAUUUAUGUAUUUAUUUUCACCUCCAUGAAUUUUUUAUCAUACGAAAUUGUAUGAAAGGUCUGUCACUACACCUGUGGUGCUCUGAGAGGAUGGCAAGGCUCAGGUGCUUAUGCUCACUCGAUCUUGUUGAGAUGUCAGCUGUGUGAACAGGUGGAAGUGUGGCAUGUCAAAGGUGAUAAUGGAUCAUAGAUAGUUUUUUUUUUUUUGAGGAAGAUGAGCCCUGAGCAAACUGCUGCCAAUCCUCUUCUUUUUGCUGAGGAAGACUGGCCCUGAGCUAACAUCCGUGCCCGUCUUCCUCUACUUUUUUAUAUGUGGGAUGCCUACCACAGCAUGGCUUGCCAAGCGGUGCCGUCUCCACACCCGGGAUCUGAACUGGCGAACCCUGGGCCACGGAAGCGGACGUGUGCACUUGACCUCUGCCUACCGGGCCGGCCCCCAUAGAUAGUUUUUAGGUGUUUAUUGCCCUCCAUUUAUCAUGAAGAUCUUGAGCAGUGGUUAAGAGACUUCAUUAUUUUCUAUGUGCAUCAGAAUUUUACUGAUUUUGUGCAUUCAAAAUGAGAAUUAAAUGCGGAGGUUGGUGAGUUUGUAGCUGCCUUCUCUAACCCGGAUUUUCGAUGUGCGUCAUCAAAACAUCUAGUUCUGAAUAUCCUUUUCAUAGGGGUUCUGAAAUUGUAGGUGUGAACUUAUAAAAUGAAGGACUGCUAAUAA